UCCCAAGAUUGGUGAUUUUUUUCUUUGAAUAAAAAAACCCUUUUUCUAAUAAAACUUAAUAAGAAAGGAAACGUUUCAAUUUCUUAAUUCUCUUGAGACGUUUCGCGGCCACUUUUCGAAUCUUCAUCAGGCCUACAGACAAUUAGAAAACUAAAGCUGAAUAGUAUUGAAUUAAAAUCUAAUCAACUGAAAUGUAAUUUAUUCCAACUACUUAAAUCAAUCUUGUGAGACCCGAGAAAAAUAUUUUUUAAUCUAAAAUCUAAAUAAAAUUAAAGAGAAAAAAAAUAAUCUUGGGACAUCUUUUAACUCUAAAAUGAAGGUGUUCAUAUAAAGAAGUUGAGAACCGAAGGCCAUUCGCAUUGAAUGGGAAAAAAUGUGUCGAAAUAUCUCUCUUUAUUCCACACCCGUGAUCGUGGUAUUCCUCAGCCAAUAGAUUCAUCUCUCUUUACCAAUGCGCGAUCGCAACAAAAGAAUUGUGUGUGGAUGUUUCAAUGAAGGUGCGAAAGAGACUUGUUUCGUUUCUUACACAGGUAUAGUAGUGGCUUGAAAGGUGGUCUGGUCGUUUUGAUGAGAUCAUUUCAUUUUAGUCACUCACGGGUAAAUGGUGUAAAAUUUUAAUUAAAAACUUUUCUCAUUUUGUUCAGUCAACUCCGUGGAAAGCUAGAGAAGGGAUUUGGUACAAGAAUAAUAAGAAAAAGUAAAGGCAACACACAAUAUGGAUGUGAGGAAGAUAUCAAUUUGCCUGUUUUUGGUGCUUUUGGGUUUUAUGGGUGGUGUUUUUGGUGAGAAAAAGUACAAAAUGAAAGAUAUGAUGAGGAAAUCAAUUGUUUUCGACAAAACCACCCCCGAUGUUUUCUACUGUCCCACAACGAAGCCAUCCUUUGAGAAGCUCAUCGUUAAAUCUAAUCCCAUUCACAAAUUAUGCGAACAUGAGGGACGACCCUUGCCACCAGACUACAAAUCUGACUGUUAUCAGGAUAUCGAUGAAUCGGAUUAUGCCUGCAAGGAGAAGUACAGGAUAAUGAUGCGACUGUAUCCACCGGGAAGUGAUGCCCCAUUCAAUGGUGCACGAUUGGCGAAAUUCAUGAAGAAUGAUGGUGAGAUGAAGACAAAGGUGUCCUCUAAAUAUCAAGGAAAGCACUAAAAGUGUGUGGGUGGGAUGGAGAUCACGGAAAAUCUACGUGCUGAAUGCCCAAAAUUACCCAAAAUUAUCACCAUACUUCCCCACUGCCAUGGGUUGUUUAAUACGUCUCUAAAAUCCUCUUAAAUUAAUUGGCUAAAAAUAAUUAUUUUUUUAUUACUUCUGUGAAACACUUGUUAACAUUUAACAAAAAUAGUGCAAUUUUAUUAUAAUGAGAAUAAAAUUAUUUCUUUGCGAAAAAUAAA